GUGAGUUUUUCACAGUAUGGCGGAGGGGGCAGCCGUGCGGACGGACCGUCUCUCCCACUCUAAUGCUUGUUUUGUGUCUUGAGGGAGGGCGUUUUGCAUUUAUUUGUUUUCUACACGCGCCGGGCCGAGCCGGCUCCUUUUAAACCCGACUCCACUGGCGUUCCUCGGCGAAGUCAUGGCCGACCGCAGCGUGGAUUUGUCCGCCCUGCCAAAAGAGGUUCGAGACCAAUUUGCGGAGUUGGAUCUGGAGCUGUCUGAAGGUGACAUUACGCAGAAAGGCUAUGAGAAGAAGAAAGCCAAGCUGCUGGCCUCCUACGUCCCCCCUUCACCCAACGUGGAUCUGUCCCUGCCGGAUGUACAGCUUUCCCCCGGCCACAGUGUCGACCCCAGCCCGAGUCCCGAGGCCCCGGGCCCCUCCACAUCGUCGGCCUCCAAACACCACCGCACACACCGCAGUGGAGGGGCCAGAGACGACCGCUACAGAUCAGACAUCCACACAGAGGCUGUGCAGGCAGCACUGGCCAAACACAAAGAAGAGAAGAUGGGCCUUCCCAUGCCGACCAAGAGACGCUCUGCCUUCGUCCAAUCUCCCAUAGACACCUGCACACCUCCAGACACAUCUUCUGCAUCAGAGGAUGAGGGCUCACUGCGCAGGAAGGCAGCUUUCAGUGCAGUUCUAGCCCAGAGCCUGCAGAGCCCGGAUUACUGGAUCAACCGCUCGGUCCAGAGCUCCUCCACGUCCUCGUCUGCGUCCUCCACCCUCUCCCAUGGAGAGCCCAAGACGCAGCCUCAGCCUCAGCCACAGCCUGCCGCGUCCUUGUUGGCCGAUUUACUGGUCAACGCGCGCAUCGAAAACAACGUCCCCCCUGAUGUGACGUCCUCCACUCCCCAGGAGAGAGGGUCCAGGUUGGACUUGCCUCCAGCUGUCAGAGGCAUGAGCCGUGGACAGAGCCGCUCCAGCAUGAUUGAAACUGCUGACGGAAAAAGAAAAGGCGUGCCUGUCAACAGUAGGGUGUCCACCAAGAUCCAGCAGCUGUUGAAUACACUCAAACGGCCAAAGAGACCACCACUCAGUGAAUUCUUCCUGGAUGAUUCUGAGGAAAUUGUAGAAGUCCCCCAGCCGGACCCCAACACCCCGAAGCCGGAGGGACGUCAAAUCAUCCCGGUGAAGGGAGAACCCCUCGGAGUGGUCAGUAACUGGCCUCCUGCCCUACAGGCUGCCCUCGCCCGCUGGGGGGCCACCCAGGCCAAGAGCCCAGCUCUUACUGCGCUGGACAUCACCGGCAAGCCCCUCUACACCCUCACAUAUGGAAAACUAUGGAGUCGCAGUCUGAAAUUGGCCUACACACUGCUGAAUAAACUGGGUACCAAGACCGAACCGGUGCUGCAACCUGGGGAUCGGGUGGCAUUAGUGUAUCCCAACAGCGACCCCGGCAUGUUCUGGGUGGCUUUCUAUGGCUGCCUGUUAGCAGAGGUCAUCCCAGUGCCCAUCGAGGUACCUCUGUCCCGACAGGAUGCAGGCAGCCAACAGAUUGGCUUCCUAUUGGGAAGCUGUGGUGUUAGUCUGGCCCUGACCAGUGAGUUGUGCCUCAAAGGGCUUCCCAAGACGCCUAACGGAGAGAUCAUCCAGUUCAAAGGAUGGCCAAGGAUGAAAUGGGUAGUGACGGACACCAAGUACCUGACCAAACCGUCCAAAGACUGGCAGCCUCACAUCCCCACCGCCAACACAGACACUGCCUACAUAGAGUACAAAGCAAGUAAGGAGGGAACGGUGAUGGGAGUCGCUGUGUCAAAGAUCUCGAUGCUGACACACUGUCAAGCCCUGACGCAGGCCUGUAACUACUGCGAAGGUGAGACACUGGUCAACGUGUUGGACUGCAAGAAGGAUAUGGGCAUGUGGCAUGGCGUCUUAACGAGUGUCAUGAACAGAAUCCACACCAUCACGGUGCCGUAUGCGGUCAUGAAAGCAUGUCCCAUGUCCUGGGUGCAGAGGGUCCACAUUCACAAAGCACGUGUGGCGUUGGUGAAGUGCCGUGACCUCCACUGGGCCAUGAUGGCUCACAAGGACCAGAGGGACAGCAGCCUGUCCUCCAUCCGUAUGCUUAUUGUGGCUGAUGGAGCAAACCCAUGGUCGGUGUCGUCAUGUGAUGCCUUCCUGAACGUGUUUCAGUCUCACGGUCUGAAGCCUGAGGUGAUCUGCCCAUGCGCCACCUCUCCUGAGGCCCUGACUGUGGCCAUACGCAGGCCUGGUGCACGAGGAGCUCCUCUACCAGCCAGAGCCAUCCUGUCCAUGGGCGGACUGAGCCACGGCGUGAUCAGGGUGAACACAGAGGACAAGAACUCUGCUCUCACUGUUCAAGACGUGGGACACAUCAUGCCUGGAGCCCUGAUGUGCAUUGUGAAGCCGGACGGUCCUCCUCAGCUGUGCAAGACGGAUGAAAUAGGAGAGAUUGUUAUCAACUCUCGGGCUGGAGGCACCAUGUACUAUGGCCUGCACGGCGUCACCAAAAACACAUUUGAGGUGAUCCCUGUCAACCAAGCCGGAGCACCAAUAGGAGAAAUUCCGUUCAGCCGGACGGGUCUGCUUGGAUUUGUAGGACCGGGAAGUCUGGUGUUUGUUGUGGGGAAGAUCGAGGGGCUGCUGAUGGUGAGCGGGCGGCGCCACAACGCCGACGACCUUGUGGCCACCGCACUGGCGGUGGAGCCGGUUAAAACUGUUUACAGGGGGAGGAUCGCUGUGUUCUCAGUGACGGUGUUUUAUGAUGAGAGGAUAGUGAUCGUGGCAGAGCAGAGGCCCGACGCCAGUGAGGAAGACAGCUUCCAGUGGAUGAGUCGAGUACUGCAGGCCAUCGACAGUAUCCACCAAGUCGGCCUGUACUGCCUCGCUCUAGUCCCGGCCAACACCCUCCCAAAGACGCCUCUCGGAGGCAUCCACAUCUGUGAAACCAAGCAGAACUUCCUGGAGGGAAACCUGCACCCCUGUAAUAUCCUGCUGUGCCCACACACCUGUGUCACCAACAUGCCCAAGCCACGCCAGAAGCAACCAGUGGAUGUCGGACCCGCCUCUAUGCUGGUCGGCAACUUGGUGGCAGGGAAACGGAUCGCCCAGGCAACAGGCAGAGAGCUUGGCAUGGUGGAGGACCAGGAUCUGAUCCGAAAGCUCUGUAUGUGGCCCACCAUGAUGCACCAGUUUUUGUCUGAAGCUCUGCAAUGGAGAGCUCAAACGGACCCGGACCACAUACUGUAUGUGCUGCUCAAUGCCAAGGGAGUGGCAGUGUGCACCGCUACUUGUGCACAGCUGCACAAGAGGGCAGAGAAAAUCACAGCUACACUGAUGGAGAGAGGAGGCCUCAACACAGGGGACAAUGUGGUGCUGCUUUAUCCCCCAGGCAUUGACCUUAUAGCUGCCUUCUAUGGCUGUCUCUACGCGGGGGUCAUCCCUGUGACGGUGAGGCCGCCCCACCCACAGAACCUGGCUGCCACUCUCCCCACGGUCCGCAUGAUCAUUGACGUGAGCAAAGCAGCCUGCAUCCUCACCACUCAGCCUCUCAUGAGGAUCCUCAGGUCCAGGGAGGCCGCUGCCAGCGUCAACAUCAAGACGUGGCCCACGAUCAUCGACACAGACGAUCUCCCCAGAAAGCGGCCUCCAAACAUUUAUAAACCGCCUACAGCUGAGAUGCUGGCCUACCUGGACUUCAGUGUGUCCACCACCGGCAUGUUGACUGGAGUCAAGAUGUCUCAUGCUGCGAUCAGCACUCUGUGCCGCUCCAUUAAGCUGCAGUGUGAGCUCUACUCCUCACGCCAAAUAGCCAUCUGCCUGGACCCAUACUGUGGCCUGGGCUUCGUCCUGUGGUGCCUCUCCAGUGUUUACUCAGGUCACCAGUCCAUCCUUAUUCCUCCUCUGGAGCUGGAGAGCUCGCUGCCUCUGUGGCUGAGCACGCUCAGUCAGUACAAGAUCAGAGACACCUUCUGCUCCUACUCUGUGAUGGAGCUCUGCACCAAAGGUCUGGGAACCCAGACAGAGAUGCUGAAGGCUCGGGGUCUGAACCUGUCGUGCGUGCGGAGCUGUGUGGUGAUAGCGGAGGAGCGUCCUCGUCUCGCUCUCACGCAGUCCUUCUCCAAGCUCUUCAAAGAUAUCGGCCUUUCCGCGCGUGCCGUCAGCACCGCCUUCGGCUCCCGGGUCAACCUGGCCAUCUGCCUGCAGGGCACCGCUGGACCGGACCCCUCCACCGUCUACGUUGACAUGAAGUCGCUUCGCCACGACAGGGUGAGGCUUGUGGAACGAGGAGCACCACAGAGUCUUCCCCUCAUGGAGUCUGGCACUAUCCUCCCAGGAGUGAGGGUCAUCAUUGUCAACCCAGAGACCAGAGGGCCGCUGGGAGAUUCGCAUCUCGGGGAGAUCUGGGUGAACAGCCCUCACUGUGCCAGCGGCUACUACACCAUCUACGGGGAGGAGAGCCUCCAGGCAGACCACUUCAACACCAAGCUCAGCUUCGGGGAGCCCCACACCCUGUGGGCCAGGACGGGCUACCUGGGCUUCAUCAAGAGGACCGAGCUCCUGGAUGCGAGCGGAGAUCGUCACGACGCCUUGUUUGUGGUGGGCUCUCUGGAUGAGACAUUGGAGCUGAGGGGGCUUCGCUAUCACCCCAUCGACAUCGAGACGUCAGUGUCACGAGCCCACCGCUGCAUCGCAGAAAGCGCCGUGUUCACGUGGACCAACCUGCUUGUCGUGGUGGCGGAGCUCAGCGGCUCUGAGCAGGAGGCCCUGGACCUGGUGCCCCUCGUCACCAACGUGGUCCUGGAGGAGCACCACCUCAUCGUCGGGGUGGUGGUCAUCGUGGACCCCGGGGUGAUCCCCAUCAACUCCAGAGGAGAGAAGCAGAGGAUGCACCUGCGAGACUCCUUCCUGGCAGACCAACUGGACCCCAUCUACGUGGCCUACAACAUGUGAUCCGCCCACUGAGGACAAUGCAGAAAACUGAGCCAGGCUCCGAGAACAGACGUGAGGGAGACGGACUUUGGGCCCUCGAUGCUUGAGCUCAGAUACACAUCCAAAUCAAUACCAAGAAGAAAUACUGUUUCUUCUUUGCUUCCGGAGGUGGGGGGGGGGUUGCCGGUCUUCCUGGUAGUAAAUCCGCUCGUCAAUUGGAGGAAAUUUAGUCUCUUCAUUCUCUCCGCGCAUCCCACUUCGCCCUCAUGGCUCCGAUUUGUGUUUUUGAAAGACGAUUUUGGUUACCAGCUUCCACCCGCUUUCCGUUCCUCUGUUUUCCUCCUGAGCCCUUCCUCCUCGUCUGCUUUUAUUACUUUUUAUUUUUCAUUAACCUCAUUGAUUCCUGAAGGCGGUGAUGGUGCACUGAAACUGUUGAGAGGAGCUGGAACUUUCAUCCUCUUGCACACACAAAGUCCUUGCACCUGUGAGUCUGCAUCCCGUCUGAGAGCCCCCUCCUCCAUGUUUGCUGCUUUCAUGAGAGCAAAUCCACAUCAGUAUUACACGUGGCCACCAGUGAGUGCGGCCCUAGGAGGGUGGUCCUGACCGAUUGCCUUCCUCCCCGUGGCUUUCAGCCCGCCGCCCACUGGAGACGUGCGCCAUCCGCGUUACAUAACGUCCUAAAACAAUACACUUGAAUCAUUUGUUGGUGUGGGAAAAGAAAGACUGGCUUCUUAGACACGCAAACCCGGAUAUUAUAUUUGAUGGGCAGAAAACAUUUCAGUCCAUGAGACACUUCUUAUGAUUGUGAAUUACUAAUACAUUUUUUAUUUUGAAUGCACAGAUCUUCAGAAGAAGAAGCCACACCUGGUGUUUAGGUGUGCAUGCUCAUUUUGAAUGCAGUCAUUGGAAAAAUAUGCUGCCCGCACCCACCCCAAAAAAAGAAAAGAAAACCUGUCCUAAGCCAUGCGGUCACACAGCAGUGGGUCGGUUCGUAGUCUAUACUUCAUUUAUCGGAGUCUGCUAACGAGGACUGUAACACGAGUGGAAGCUCCCCGACGUUGUUGCAGAUAAUUGAGCGGUUUUCUUGCUUGAACUGAAGUGAGCCGCUAGCUUUCAGCCUGUCGUUUCCCGCUAGUCAAUUAGGUAACCGAUCUUCAGAAGGCAAGUCAGUGCCUUUUUAUCACGCUAACAUUAAUGCUUAAGAAUUUUUAAAUAAAAAGAAUGAGGAGAGAACUUUGCCUUACUAAACUUGUGGAAUUUAGUUCUUAUUAUGUUUAAUCCCUCAUUUCUAGCUGUGCGUUUAGUGUAUUUAAAGAACUAGUCCACCAAUUUUCACUUGUGGGAUGGAACGCCAGUUUAUAGCUCAUAAUACACUCGUAUCUCUUGUUUUAGAGCAAAGGGGGGAGGGUGGAGGGGUCUACUUUUGCGGUCCUGACUUUCUCAUUUCAUCAUUACCAUUUAAACCAAUUCUUUCUGAAUGUCUAACACUGAAAUACCAUUAAUUAGGAAUUAACAAUCAAUACGGACCCCGUGAUUAAAAUAUGGCCGAAUCCUCCUUUUUAUAUAUGGAGGUAAUAAGUGAGGGUGAUGUUGUCUGUAUACUGUAUUUUAGAGGUAAAAUAUUACUAGUGUUAAUGUGUACAUGGAUAUGAACUUUGUCGAUAAAAACUUGACUGAUCUUUCAUACUUGACAGCAUUGUUCUGCAUUGUUAAUUUAAAGGUUACACAUUGCAAAAGAAACAAAUGUUUCAGACUAUUUUGGCAGGAACAAUGUGCACUUUCCCAAUAUCAUUUUGUGUGUGUGUGUGUGUGUGUGUGUGUGUGUGUGUGUGUGUGUGUGUGUGUGUGUGUGUGUGUGUGUGUGUGUGUGUGCGCGCGCUUGAGGGAGUGCGUGUGCGAGCGUGUGAGUCCAGUUCAACAGUGAUACUUGGCUUUACUGGUGCAACAAAGUUUGUCUUUUGUAAGAAAAUAAUCCCAAAAUAUUGAACUUUUUUUUUAAAUUCUUUUUUUCAUGUCGUCACCACUGUAUUUUAAUUGAUUCGAUCCCAGUUUGGAAUCGGAUAUGUCUCAUGGGGGUUUCAUCAAGAAAUUCCCGGUAUAAUCUUUCUUUUAAAAUGGCACAACUUCUGCAAACCGUUUUGAUUUCAAAGCAGCUUGAUGUGAAGCACAACACGUCAGUAAACCACUUUUCAUCAGCGACGGGUACUGAUGACAUGUAGGUGAGCCAGUAUUUGGGCACAUUAUAGCUUCUGAGCUGCUGUGUUAUAAUUGCUUUGUUGCUACAAUUUCACUUCGACAAGUUUUAAUAAAGUUUUAUAAUGUCA